ACGUGUCAUUCGUUGGCAGGCCAACUUAGAUUUCGUACACCUCUUUAUCUCACACAUAACAAAAUCCCAACUCUGAUUUUGUUACCAAUUUUUUGUUCUCACAUUAUUCAUUAUUUUCCCCCCUUAAUUUUUUUUGGGGGUCUGUUUUUUUGGUUCUUACAAGAAAUUAACACAAAAAAAACUGCCAUGAAUGCUGUUGCUACUGCUUCUGCUCUUUCUCUUCCUAUCUCUCUUAGUCGACCUUCUAAAUUUAAUCCCAGAAAGGUAAAAGGCAGUUUUGGGGUGUUUGCUGUUUUCGGAGAAGAUGGAGGGUCCAUAGACAAGAAGAGCACAUGGGGGGCGCUCUUUAAUGUGGAGGAUCCAAGACCUAAAGCUCCAUUAUAUAAAGGAAAAAUAUUAGACGCGAAUCAAGCCUUGGAAGUUGCAAGAUUUGAUAUCCAAUACUUGGAUUGGCGAGCUAGACAUGAUGUUCUUUCAAUAAUGCUCCUACAUGAAAAGGUCGUGGAGGUACUAAAUCCUCUUGCUCGUGAAUACAAGUCCGUUGGUACUUUGAGAAAGGAGCUAGACGGGUUACAAGAAGAGCUUGCACAGGCUCAUAAACAGGUUCAUAUUUCUGAAGCACGGGUUUCAGCAGCUUUUGAUAAACUAGCUUACAUGGAGGAACUGGUUAAUGAUAGGUUGUUACAAGACAGAACAACAACUGAAACCAAUCAACCACAUGCUUCAUCAAGUACCUCCACACAGCCCAUGGAAACCGGUAAGAGGAAGGUGUCUCCUCGUAAAAACUUAGAUGUAUCGGGUCCUGUCAAACCCUACCAUCCUUACUUGAAGAACUUCUGGUACCCUGUUGCCUUUUCUGCAGACUUGAAGGAUGACACUAUGAUCCCAAUGGACUGCUUUGAAGAACCGUGGGUGAUUUUCCGUGGUAAAGAUGGAAAACCUGGGUGUGUAAGGAAUACCUGUGCACAUAGAGCUUGCCCUCUUGAUCUUGGCUCUGUGAAUGAGGGUCGCAUCCAAUGUCCUUAUCAUGGAUGGGAAUACUCAACAGAUGGAAAAUGCGAGAAAAUGCCAUCUACGAAGUUACUAGAUGUUAGGAUAAAGUCGUUGCCUUGCUUUGAACAAGAGGGGAUGAUUUGGAUUUGGCCCGGUAGUGACCCUCCUGCUGCCAACCUUCCUUCACUCUUACCUCCUCAAGGGUUUGUAGUUCAUGCAGAGAUAGUGAUGGAACUUCCAGUUGAACAUGGACUACUUUUGGAUAAUCUUCUGGAUCUGGCGCAUGCUCCCUUUACUCAUACUUCCACGUUUGCCAAAGGAUGGAGUGUUCCAAGUUUGGUGAAAUUCUUGACACCAUCGUCAGGACUUGAAGGAUAUUGGGACCCGUAUCCCAUAGAUAUGGAGUUCAGACCACCUUGUGUAGUACUUUCUACAAUUGGGAUCUCUAAGCCUGGAAAACUAGAAGGACAGAGUACUAAGCAGUGCGCAACCCAUCUUCACCAGCUUCACGUUUGCUUACCAUCAUCGAAAAAUAAAACAAGAUUGCUUUAUAGAAUGUCAUUAGAUUUUGCUCCAAUACUAAAGCAUGUUCCCCUCAUACACCAUUUAUGGAGGCACUUUGCUCAGAAGGUGUUGGAUGAAGAUCUAAGACUAGUGCUCGGACAACAAGAACGUAUGAUCAAUGGAGCAAACAUCUGGAACUGGCCUGUACCUUAUGACAAACUCGGUGUGAGAUAUAGACAAUGGAGAGAAGCAGUCGAUAGAGGAGAGAAACGUCUUCCCUUCACCAAAUGAGAUAUACUCGUGAUUGAAGCUCCCAAUGUAACAUACUGACGGCUUAACUUCACUCUUCUUUUAUCGAAAAAGAAGAUUAUGAAUCAGAAUCUGGACUUAGCAAAUGGUAAGUUCUUGCAAAGGUGCAUCAAUGGAGGUCGUUGAAUCAUGAAUUGAAGAAGCGGAAAUUGUCAAUAAUGUGAGGUGAAGUUCAUAGCAUGCAUUAGUAGUGUAUGUAUGCUUUUGUUUUUUUUUGCUCUGGUGUACAGAUUCAGAGCUAAAUUCAAUAAUUCAUUAUCUUCUUCUCCCUUUUUUACAUACUCUUAUAGGAUAGAAGACUGUAAAUUAAACACCUCUUCUGUUGUAAUGUAUCAUUUUGUGAAGGAAUUUUGAUGAUGGACAGUAUUCUAGAAAUAUCGUAAGGCCCUGUUCGUUUGGACUUUA